AUGAGUACUGAUCUUAAAUAUACACCUGAUGCUGAACAGCUUACAACGGAAGAGCACUCAGAAAAGGAUAUCUACUCUCUUGAAGGAAGUAACAAUAAUAAAGACGAUAUAAGAUACAACGACUUAUCAUGGUAUAAAGUUUCCCAUUUACGUUACCUCAACUUCUGUAUUCUAUUGAUCUCGUUGUCAUCCACUACCUUAGGGUAUGACAGUUCUAUGUUGAAUGGCCUACAAUCGUUGGCAUACUGGAGAGAUUACAUGGGAAACCCUACUGGUACUACGUUAGGUGCUUUAACCAACGGGACCAUUUUUGGUCUUAUUUUAGCGAAUCCAUUAGCACCAUAUGUUGCGGAUAAAUUUGGUAGAAGAGUUGCUAUAAUUUCUGGUCAAAUCAUUGUUAUCAUUGGUUCAGUUCUUCAAGGUGCUUCCACUAAUUAUGCAUUCUUUUUAGUAUCAAGAAUAAUCGCAGGGGUUGGUUCCAUUUUGUCAAUGGUUUCUUCUCCAGCACUUAUAUCAGAGAUUUCAUAUCCUACCCACAGACAUGUUACUACUACAUUCUUCAACACAAACUACUAUAUUGGGGCUGCCAUUGCAGCUUGGAUAACGUUUGGAACUAGUGGUCUUAGCGACGAAUAUUCCUGGAGAAUUCCUUCUUACUUGCAAGGGUCCAUAGCACUCAUUCAAUUGUCAUUAUUCUGGAUGGUUCCAGAAUCACCAAGAUAUUAUAUAAGUAAAGGAAAAAUAGACAAAGCUGAGGAAGUUUUGAUGAAACAUCAUAUCGGAAAUUCCCAAGAUCCUGGUGAUAUUGGCUUAAUCAAAUUUGAGGUGGAAGAAAUUCAAGCUGCGUUGGAAAUGGAAAAGAUAUCCGCAAGUACUAGCUAUUUGGAUUUUUUCAAGACAUCAGCUAACCGUAAGCGCCUUUUCAUUUGUUUUUUUAUUGCAGUUUUAAUGCAGCUUUCAGGGAACGGAUUGGUUUCUUUUUAUUUAAGUAAAGUAUUAAAUUCAAUCGGUAUUACAGACGAAAAAGAACAAUUGAAAAUUAACGGGAGUUUGAUGAUUUAUAAUUGGGUUACGGCAGUAUCUGUUUCGUUCGUAGUUAAUAAAUUUAGAAGAAGAACAUUGUUCAUUACUUCUACAAUUUUGAUGUUAAUUACGUACGUUAUCUGGACAGUGUUAUCUGCUAUUAACGAACAACGUAACUUUGAGCAAGCAUCACUCGGUAAAGGAGUUCUUGCUAUGAUCUUCUUUUAUUACUUGGGAUACAACAUGGGAGCCAAUGGCUUGCCUUACUUGUACUUAACUGAAAUCUUACCUUACAACCAGAGGACUAAAGGCAUUAACAUCAUGUUAAUACUUUUCAACAUUAUUUUGAUAUACAAUGGUUUCGUUAACCCAGUCGCUAUGGAUGCGAUUUCCUGGAGAUAUUACAUUGUAUAUUGUUGUGUUAUCGUUAUCGAGAUUGUGGUCGUCUACUUCUUUUUGCCAGAAUUAAAAAUGAAAUAA